CGGCUGCCUUCGCCCCGCCGCCUACUUCUCCGCGGUUCCUCUUACGCCUCCGAAAAACACGCCACGCUUUAUUUUCCUUUCUCCGUGAAGUUCUUUGAGAUUUCAAAAUGACAUCUAUGCUGACCUGCGCUGCCAAAACCCUUCCUGCUGUCUGUCCAUGGGCUGCCAGAUUCUCUGUGAGAUCCCUCAGCUGUUCGCCGCAGUUACAUGUAGCAGUUCAGCCCAAGAGUAAAAAAACUUUAGCUAAAAGUGGGAUGAAGAAUGUGGUGGUGGUGGAUGGUGUUCGCAUCCCCUUUUUGCAGUCAGGAACCUCGUAUGCAGACUUGAUGCCACAUGACUUGUCCAGAGCAGCACUGAAAGGCUUGCUGAACCGGACUGAUGUGCCCAAGGAUGCUGUUGAAUACAUUGUGUUUGGCACCGUUAUCCAGGAGGUGAAAACAAGCAACGUUGCUAGAGAGGCUGCCCUGGGAGCCGGCUUCUCUGACAAAACUCCAGCCCACACGGUCACCAUGGCUUGCAUCUCUUCAAACCAGGCAAUGACAACAGGAAUUGGUCUGAUUGCAUCUGGCCAAAUGGACGUGGUGGUUGCUGGCGGUGUUGAACUGAUGUCGGAUGUUCCCAUCAGACAUAGCCGAAAAAUGAGGAAGACGAUGCUGGGGCUCACGAGGGCCAAAACCCUGGGUCAGAGGCUGUCCCUGAUCUCCAAAAUCCGUCCUGAUUACUUUGCUCCAGAGCUCCCAGCAGUGGCCGAGUUCUCCAGCAGCGAGACUAUGGGCCAUUCGGCAGACCGGCUGGCAGCUGCCUUUGCCAUCACGCGCUUGGAACAAGACGAGUAUGCGCUGCGCUCACACAGCCUGGCCAAGAAGGCGCAAGACGACGGGCUCCUCACUGACGUGGUACCCUUCAAAGUGCCAGGGAGGGACACCGUCGUGCGGGAUAACGGAGUGCGCCCAUCUUCGUUGGAGCAGAUGGGAAGGCUGAAAGCUGCCUUUGUCAAACCUUACGGGACGGUCACAGCUGCCAAUUCCUCUUUCCUGACGGACGGAGCAUCGGCGGUCCUGUUGAUGUCUGAAGAGAAGGCUUUAGCGAUGGGGUACAAACCGAAGGCCUACCUCAGAGAUUUUGUGUACGUAUCCCAGGACCCAAAGGACCAGCUGCUGCUUGGGCCCACCUACGCCACCCCCAAAGUUCUGGAAAGGGCUGGCCUAACGAUGGCAGACAUCGAUGCAUUUGAGUUUCACGAAGCCUUUGCAGGGCAAAUUUUAGCUAAUCUGAAAGCCAUGGAUUCCGACUGGUUUGCCCAGAACUACAUGGGCCGAAAGUCUAAGGUUGGAGCUCCCCCUCUGGAGAAAUUCAACAACUGGGGUGGGUCCCUGUCGCUGGGACAUCCCUUUGGGGCCACUGGCUGCCGCUUGGUCAUGACUGCCGCCCACCGGCUGAAGAAGGAGGGAGGGCAGUUUGGUCUGGUAGCUGCUUGUGCCGCUGGAGGACAGGGCCAUGCAAUGCUUGUGGAGCUCUACCCACAGUGAAUACACCGAUGACUGCUGCGAAGGGCUCUGCCUCUCACCUUGCCCAAGACCUCCAUACCGUUCCAGUGCACAUCCCAAAUCCAUCUUUGGUCCUUCCUUGAAAGGACUCCCAGUGGCCUUUGUGAAUAUUUUCUAGUUGCCUGUGGAAGCUGCCUAACAAGUAGCAGGUGGACCCUCCUAAGGUCUGUCUAGUCCAUAAAAGGGGCUUUUGUGGUUUAUGUAAUGCAACACACAGACACAUCCCAACCUACAACAGAGACGCCCUUUUCUCUCUCUCAGGAGAAGAGUGUUAGGAUCUGGAGUACUCUAAUUCUGAAAGCAAAAGGAUCUGCAAAAGGAUGAGUGGUUUGGUUUUAAAGGAAAACUUGUAGGGAGGGCGCAGUUGUUUUUUUCUUAGAGGACUUCUGAGCUGGACUGAAUUCAGCUAGGCUAUUUCUUAGAAGAGAAGGCCUUGCGCAAAGAAAAUGGACUGUUAACGAAGAGGGAUGGAGUGUUUGUCGCCACGCAUCAGCCUUAAUAAAUAAGAGAAAUUGUGGGAA